AUGAUUGGUGGCUGGCGACCCUGGGCCACAGAGGAGGACCUGCAUGUUUGUGUGGUGGACUUUCAGGGCAGUUCCAUCAAGGAGCCAGCGCUGGCCGACGACUCCGACCGCCCAGAACGUCGCCUCCGGCACUCCAGCUGCGUUGUACAGACGCCGUCGGGCGAAGAAGCUAUUCUCGUUCUCGGUGGCUGCAACGAUCGAACGCACGAUCCCUGUGAUGGGCUGCAAACGCUGCUACUCUUACAGACGGAUCUGAGCGACACAAACAAACUUACAUGGAAGAAGCUCUCUGCAGGUGGACAGAUGCCCAAAGCUAUUUGGCAUCACACAGCCGAUUCGUUUGCUUCUCGACGAUGCGUGGUCGUCUUCGGUGGUGACAUACCAACCCGAGAUCCCGAGUUUACUUUUAUUGGUGAUCGGGCGUAUGCGAAUUACGUUUAUGUUCUGACUAUGGAGACACAGCAGUGGGCCCGUGUACAGACUGAUGGGUAUGUUCCCGGGUGGAGGUCUUUGCAUGCCGCGGUGACCUUCACAUCGUUCGAACACAACUGCGAGCAGCUUGUUAUGGUGGGCGGUUGCGAGGACCGCGUUGAGAUUUUCAAUGCUGGCAAGCCUGCCAAGAUGAUUGCGUAUGCCUUGAAUCUGAGGACCAUGAAGUGGAGGCGGGGCCCAGAGAGAAAAAAACAGAACGAUGCUCGUGCAGUCUUCCUCCCAGCACCCCGGAUGCGUUUUGCAGCACAGCGCUAUGGGCGUCACCUGCUCGUGUAUGGCGGUCAUGGCAACGGCACCAUUCCGGAAGACGAGGGGCUGCUGCAUUUGAACUCAAACUCCUUGGUCUGGCAGAGAGCCACUGUGCUCAACGAGGCCUCGGAGUUCGGCGUUGUGCCGGCUGCCGCGCUGGCCGCCGGCUGUGUUAUAGGUGGAGUGCAGCUGGGCUCUCGCGGGGCGCAGCCGGUGCCGAAGCUGGACAUGCUCGUUCUCGCCGGUCCGAAACAGGUGUCCUAUGCCUCCCUGGGGAGUGGGCUCUUGCGCUUCGACUUUUGCUUGUUGGAGCUCCUGCUUGCAGAAGGAGUGCCAGUAUCAGCCGUUCACCUCGUGGACUCUCAAUAUGAUCCGGAUGCCAAGGGCUACCUGCGCCACCGCGUGGCACUGGCCCAGUUCGCUUCCUGGUUUACCGGCCGGGGCGUGGAUGUUUAUGCGCACUACUCCCUUGAGAGAUAUGCCUUUGAGGCUCGGCGCUCUACUGCACUGCCAGCAGCAGUGGUGCAGGUUGACUGCACAGAGCUCACAGCUGUGUUUGAAAAGGAGGUGAAGCCAAUGUUGGAAGAGGUGUUGCAGUACGGCGGCCUGUACUGCACCCUGACUUCACGAGAGGGCGCCUCUGGCGCAGGAUCCCUGGGAUCAACGAAUGCUUGGGCAGAGUUCUGGCGAUUGCACCCGGACACUGGUCGCAUGAAGCUGGAGUCAUUGACCUGCUUCAGGCCUGGUGAUCGAAGCGGGACGCAGGUGGACGUCAAUGAGCCCUUGCCUCGCGCGGUUGAUCACUGA